UGAUGAUUCACUUGAGUCUUGUUUUGCAUUUAGUAACAUUUAUAUCUCGCUGCAGCCACACACGGUGUUUUUUACGUAUGAUAUACGAACGCUAAGCUUACCGAAUUUGACUUUUUGAUUAAUUGCUUCUGAUCGAUAGAAACGUAUGCAAUAUUAACGUAGUCCGGUUGAAUCAAUUUCGUUUUCAUUGAACAUUAUCUGUGCAUUCCCACUCCCCGGCUCCCCAAUUAAAGUCGACGAACAAAGAAAUAAAAUAGAGAAAAUGGGCGGAAAAAUCUGUGACAUCAGCAAUGAAGUUAAAGACGAACUACGAAAAUUUCGCUUUCGCAAGGAUAACAUCAAUUCGGCGUUGAUUUUAAAAGUCGAUCGAGAUAAGCAACUCGUCUGUGUGGACGAAUUAAUCGAACAAAUCACAAUGGAAGAGUUGCAGGAACAACUACCGGGACAUCAACCGCGGUACAUUGUUUACAGUUACAAGAUGAUUCAUGACGAUCAACGGGUUUCCUAUCCAAUGUGUUUCAUAUUCUACACACCGCGGGACAGUCAAAUGGAACUGCAAAUGAUGUAUGCCGGUACGAAGCGAGCGCUGCAAAAGGAGGCCGACUUGACGAAGGUGUAUGAAAUCAGAGAGUUGGACGAACUGACCGAAGAUUGGUUGAAAGAGAAUUUGACGCGCGUUUAGAUGCCAAUCUCUGCCGAGCGAAUUCUGGAUUGGUUAGCCAGUCAGAAUUGUUUAAUGAACUCAAGUAAUUUACUAAAAAAACAUUUGCAACCAAAAUUGACUCUAAUGUGCGGUUUAGUUGGGUGGUUCACCCUUUUUAAGUGAGGUCAGAGGAUGUUGUGGAAUUCGUUUCUUUAGUUACAUUGAUAACGCAUAGUCGGUCAUACUUUGGACAGUUAACAUCCACACAUAAUUCUCAAAAUUUUAAACAUUCCUAGCCUAAAAGUCCCGUAUUUUUUCCAGUAUUUGUCUUAAAACUGUACCCAAUCGUGAAAGCAAAAAUUUGAAGUUUUUAAAGAAUUAUCAAAAUUCGAAAAAUUUAAAUCUUAGAAAUGGCUAGUCCACUGUUAUCGACAACUACGACAAAAAUGACCGAUGAACUCUGACUAGUGUUCUUUUAUUGAGCGGAAUGCAUGAUAGAUUUUGACGCUACUUCACACAAUUGAAGUAGCAGAUUCAAUUGUCUCGUAUGGAUAGCCGUUUCUAAAGGUUUGAAUUUAACAAAAUCAAUAAAACAGUGCCAAAUAUAACAGAUGUAGAGCCAACAUGCAUAUCACUGCCUCACGGUUUGAAGUUAUGGUAUAUUGUCAUACUAACCGAAUUGAAAAGUGCCAGAAGGGACAUUCUACUUACAUCUUUGAGAAACCGAACUUCUAUUGAAAUAAAGGUACUAGUGCCACAUGAAGAGAAAAAGUAUCAAGGCCUGUUGAAAGCUCUGUCUUUGUGCUAACAAAUUGAAAGAUUCAUAUGUUUGACUUGCUAGGCACAACGGACUUUUUUUAACAAUUUUUUUUAUUAACUUUGAUUCUUAAUGAUUAAGUACGAGAAUUCCGCCAUUGGUCCUGUCGUGCAAAACACCUUCUUUUUGACUGAUAUUGGUAGAAACCAGAUAUGAGCGGGUUAAGAACAGAUUUCUGGCCCUUUCGGAAACUAAUAAAAACCAUUUUAAGUGUCGUGUGUUCUAGGUGGCAUAACACGGCCCGUUCAAUAUUAUAUAAUUUCUGAAGGUAUGUCGGGUUGAUUCAGGUUUUAAUAUCACUACCCAAUCCAACCCGAAUUUAAUUUUUUGAAACCCAACUCCCCAAAACCCGAUUUUUCGGAACAGUCCGCUCAUCUCUAGUCUCUACGAUAUCAGACGAUUAAUGAAUGCACUUGGCACUCAUGCCGUUCGAAAACGACAGUGGCAUAGAUAUCAAGUUUGUUUUUGAAAGAUCCUACAGUUGUUAUUUGCUCAACAUGUAAAAAUCGCGCACAUAAAUUCGAAUAUUACCGAAGACCACUUUACGCCAGGUCCAUUAAAUUUUAUCGCAUUUUUAUAACACACCCAUGUGGUUGUUAAAAUGAAGUCACUUUGUUGAUAGGAAAAACCUACCAAGUACGAUAAGCAAUCCAACAAUCACAGUACGACCAAUUUUUGUACAUUUUUAAUAUUCAAUUUUUAACAGCCAAAUUUUACAUAAAACAGAACAAAGUUGAGGCAUUUGAGACAAAACAAAAAAUGAAAAAAAAAGACAAAAUACAAAACUUGCCGAAACUUGCCACCAGAAAAUUCCUUUGAAAUUAAAUACAAUUUUUGGAGAUUCCAUUUUAAUCUUAAGUUCUUGCAUUCCUCGUUUAACAUCCCAACUAAAAAUUAGAGCAGUUACAGUAGAACAGUAGAAAAAAACUUUCUUGUGGUAGAGGAAUGUGUUUUAGGACAACAAUCGAUAUAUAAUGAAUUUACUCAAUCUAAUGCACCAAUUACAACGUAGAUAAUCAUUGAUAAAACAAAUCGUUCAAGCACUAAAAAUGAUAGUUUUCUAAAUUAAUAAAAUGAAUGUGCGACUCAACUUAUAAGCUUUAAAAAUUUGUGUGAAUGAAUUCCAAAUAGUUUUAUAUAACCGAAAAAUGAGAAAAUUUAUAGUGUUCAUGUUAGUGUGUUACUAUUGUAGAGACGCUAUAUAGGUAUACUGUAAAAUUAAUGUUGAAUAAAUUCGUCAACAACAAU